AAUCUUUGAUAUUAAAUGAUGAAAAGCUGAUGCAAUUGACCAAUUUUAGUUCAUUACAUGAAAAGACUUGGACGUCUUGACACAUCAUUUCUUUCUUAAUCAACAUAAAAGUUUUUUAGUUUUAACAAUUGUGACAAACAAUUAAAUAAGAACAAAGAAAAAAUGUUCAAAUCAAGUGCCAAUUCUUUAUUCAUUCGCGUGAAUGUAAAUCAUACCAAAAAAUUUCUGAACGAUAUUCGUUAUAGCCGUUUUCUAUUAAAUCAUCGGUCGAUAAAUUCAAUUUCCAAUGAACAAGCAGCAUCGUCGACAAGUUGCAAUAAAAAUUAUUCAACCGUAACAUAUUCGCCGAAUAAACCUCGUGUACUAAUCACAGGAAGUUUCGGACAAUUGGGUUUCGGUUUGGCAAAACUUAUACGAAAUCGUUAUGGCCGAGAUAAUGUGAUAAUGACUGAUAUUGUUAAACCACAAUCCGAUGUAAUUGCAUCGGGACCAUUUACAUUUAUCGAUGUUUUGGAUCGCACAAGUAUUGAAUCGGCUGUCGUUCAAUAUGGAAUCGAUUGGAUUAUUCAUUUCAGUGCAUUGCUCAGUUCUGUUGGUGAAAAAAAUGUAUCACGAGCUAUCCAAGUGAACAUUGGUGGCUUACAUAAUGUUUUUGAAGUAGCUCAAAAACAUAAACUAUCCGUUUUUGUUCCAAGCACUAUUGGUGCUUUUGGUCCUGAAUCUCCACGUAACAUUCCGACACCGGAUUUCUGUAUUCAAAGACCCAAAACAAUAUAUGGGGUAUCUAAAGUUCAUGCAGAACUGCUUGGAGAGUAUUUUAACCACAAAAACAAAUUGGAUUUUCGUUCUCUUCGACUUCCGGGCAUAAUUUCAGCUGAUUCACAGCCUGGUGGUGGUACAACUGAUUAUGCUGUUGAUAUAUUUCAUCAAGCCUAUGAUAAUGGAUCAUAUGAAUGUUAUUUGAAACCAGAUGCUCGUCUACCUAUGAUGUAUAUAGAUGAUUGUCUACGAUCAAUUGUAGAAUUGAUGGAAGCACCUGAGCAAUGUUUACAACAACGGACAUAUAAUAUUCAUGCGAUGGAUUUUACACCAAUUGAAUUGGCUAAGGCCAUUAGGCAAUACAUUCCCAAUUUUGAGAUUCGAUUUUCCAUUGACGCUCGUCAAGCCAUCGCUGAUACAUGGCCACAAGCAUUGAAUGAUGAAGCAGCUCGUCAUGAUUGGAAUUGGAACCAUCAUUAUGAUUUAAAUAAACUAUGUCAAAUAAUGUUCAAGAAAAUUUCAGAAACAAGAGCAUCGAAAUAUAUUGAUCACGAAACAUUGAAUAAAACCGUACAACAUGAUCAUCAACAAUCGGAUUGUACACAAGAUGAUCGUUCAAUUCAUCAUCGCCGACAACACCAACAACAACAGCAAAUGGCUUACUAACGUUAAAUAAUGGCAUGCUGAAUUGUCAGAAAAAAAACAGCAAUCAUUGCUGACCGAUCGAACAAAUAAGGAAUGAAAUGAACCUUAACUGAAUGGCUAUUAUCUUCUACCGUCUAACUUUAUUUUUUCGCGAAAUCGAACCGAACCCUUAUUAUUGUAUCUAUCUGAAGCCUAUGAUGAUGACUACCACGAAGAUGUUUUUAUUAUGUGUACAACGAUGUUGUUAUUAUUAUUUUGACAACAUGCUUGUAAUCAUCUUACCCUAUAUUUUAUGUCUUACUAUUUUUUCCAAAUAAACACAAAUUCAUUGUUCAAACUUGUUGAAAGUUGAACAGGAUUAAAUUGCA